AUUAUGCAUCGCACGAUAUUGCUUUUAAAGCCCUUUUAGUUUCUUUGCCACACCAUCAAGUCAAGAAGUCAACUAUUGCCGCCAGACACAUCUGACGCCAGUCGUAUUACUUUUAUACAUUCGUUGAUCAACAUAAUCCUUUAACCGCUUCAUUGUCCCGCUUUUAUACGCUAUCAAUAAGCCCAACUGUUGCCACUACCAGGAAAUUCUGCCACAAUGAACGGCAAUUCGUCAUCUCAAAGUAAAUUCCGUAUUGCCAUCAUCGGCUCGGGGCCAAUUGGAAAGCUUCUUGCCUGCGCUGCACAACUGCCCCCUCGCAUCGAACUGGUGCAGUACGAAGCAGAUGUACUACCUCUUCGGCCCUCUUUCGGCUACGGAGUUGGUCCACAAGCGCUCAAAGCGUUCAACAUCGCUAACGCCGAGCUGGGCCAGAAAGUACGGGACCAGUGCCUCCUGGGGCAUUCAUGGAUGCGAUGGUGGCACAGCGGCGAGUCUGACAGACAACUUGCCGAUGUACAGAUGCCUGAGGGGGAGGUGCAUGGAUGGAUUGGACGCGAUGAACUGCUCGAGCUUUUGGAUGCAAGCAUGCCACAGAGCACACUUCCGAUUCAGUACGGAAAACGCUUGACGAGCGUGACGAAGGUGGGCGAGCAGUUGGAGCUCGAGUUUCAGGGCGGCUAUAAGGAUAUAGUUGAUGCUGUUUGGGCGUGCGAGGGCAUCAACUCGCUGUGCCGGCAGGCGAUCCAGGGUCCAGACCACAAGCCGCCUCUAUACAGCGGCAUGCUUUGCUUCCGAGGAAAGGUUCCCGCUGAAUAUGUUCGGGCAUCUCUAGGCGAUGAGUUUGCCACAGGCCAGUACAUGUUGAUCGGUACCCAGGGUUGGCAUAUUCUCACAUUUCCCAUCGCGGCGGGGGCGUUUAUCAAUAUUGCUGCCUUCUGUGUCGAGCAUGAUUGGAAGCAGCUGCGACGGGACUACAAGCCGACCAAGGAUGAUAUUUUGGCUUACUUCCAGAGGCGGAACAAAACGGCGGAUGCAAUACUGAAUAUGUUGAUCGAUCUAACCCCUGGCGGCUGCCAGCGUCUCGAGUUAAUGCACCUCGGCCAGUUGGGGCCAUUCACCAAUCCGGAACUCAACAUCACCACAUUCGGCGACUCGGCCAAUGCCAUGACACCACACAUGGCCGGGUCCAUGUCCACGGGAAUCAUCGGCGUUGCCACUUUCGUACAAGAGUGGAAUAAACGCGCCCACGCUCUGAAAUCGGAAGCAUCGCAUGCUGACAUUGCGUUCGCCCUCGCCCAGGCAUCACAGGCAUACGAGGCGCGGCACAAGCCUCUCGCACAGAAUAUUGUUGAUGCUUCUCUACGACAAGGCGAGUUUGGAUGGAGUUCUGGUAUCACUGAUGCGGAUACUUUGACGAGGCCGUUUCACUCCCUCUGGGCGGCUGCUGAUAAGUUGGAGCUGUCGUAGUAUAAAGCUUCUAGAUACUUAGAUAUUUAGACGACAGACCGAGCAUUUGUAGUAUAUUAACUAGAUGAGGGUGACGGAUAUAGCACUCGGGAGAUGGUGCGAAACAGUGCCUCUGGAAUCCAGAUUUGUCGACAAGAUACAUGAUUGAAUACUAUUUGUCAGCAAUAUUUAGUAUCUAGUACUGCACUCUCUUGGAGAUAUACAGGUGUCCGAAAUGCACCUGAAACAGCGCUGGAGGUGGGGUAAACUCUAUCUAUGUAUAUAGUUCAGAUUGUCCAGACAAG